GCGUGUGCUAUUCAGGUUGUUCGUGCAUUAAAUUCAUUAAAAUACAUUAUACGUACCGUAUGAGAUUCGUGGAUAAAAAAUAAUUGUUUGUUACAAGAACUAAGAAAUAGUUUUUGUGAAAUAAUUUUAUGAAUUUGUGAAAAGUUUUGGUUAUCAUUUAUUUCAAGCGCAUUCCGCAAGUCUGACAAGUGUAAGAUAAAACCGGGCUCUUAACAUUCACCAUGUCAAAUUACCCACGCUCACGUUCUAGAAUGGACUAUACAUAUAACCAGUGGGACGAUAUACCUCCGGACUAUGAGGACCGUACAACUACUGAAACUAAUAAUGAACAGUACUUAAAUCAAGUAGCAGACCUGAACCGUUACAACAUUGCAAGGGGAUUGAGUUUGGAUCCCUCACCUAAUGUUUACAGCAACAAAAGAAAGUUUAAAGCUGAUAAACUAAUAUCGAGCAACAAUAACAGUCAACAUAUGGAGCCAUAUCGAUCUCCAGGUCAGCCAAUCAAUGAGUAUAAUAACGAAAGAGGUGUAUCUCCUGUCAGAGGUAUAGAAAGGAGUACGUCCUACAGACCAGAAGACAAUAGUUACAAAUUAGACAAUAUUCAGGGGCCAUCUUACCCGAGGGAAAAUCAACAUUAUCCUCAACAGUCUUUCAAAGACACAAGAUCAACACCUAGGACGAAUUACCAUCCAACAACAAACAAUGCAAGAGGUGAAGUUAACCCAGCUUUCGAAUCAGACACACUACCACCUGACUAUGAGGAUGCAUACAUACCAACUCAUAGAAACAGCUUUCCCAGGAAUUCGGAGAACCAGAUGUUGACAAAUAGGAAACACCGUCACAGUGGUUUAUAUAGAAAACAUAGAGGCGAUUCUACAAACAUGGAGGACGAUAGAAUAUCUAAUGGCACAGUUGAUUUAAACAACUAUAAAAAUAUGAUGGGAGUUCUGGCUACUAUUCGAAUCAAACGGAAAGCUCGCAAAUCUCUGAAAACUAUUAGGCUUAAACGUGAGGAUCAAGGAUACAUAGAGACCGAUGAUGAAACAGAGUUGGAGGAAGAAAGGGGAUUACCAAGUACAAAACGUCAACAUCCUAAAACUUUACGAGAAAAAUUACAAGCCAAAGAAUCUUCCACACAGGAAUUAGCUGAUGGAUUAAGAGAUCUUGAAGAUGAACCAGGUUUUAAAUCACUGAAACAGAAAUUUAAACAGGCAUGGCAAAGAAAAAAGGCAGAUUUAAAAGGGUACCUUUAUCAGUUAGAAUUAUGGGCGAGUACAUUUAAAGAAAUUGAAGGGAAAUUUGGUACUGCAACAGCAUCAUACUUUCGUUUUACAAGAUGGUUAAUGUUUUUAAAUGUGUAUAUAUUUCUCAUCACUCUUCCUGUAAUUGUUUUACCCACCUUGUUCUCUGAAAACGAUGACUUUGCUAGUGACUUUAAUGUAACUAAUACAACACAUAUUGGUGUAAUUGAAGCCAUUAAUUGUAGUCGGUAUUAUGAUCGUCAUAUAGAGAAUAUAAAAAAUACAGAUUCCACAACAGAUAAAGUUCUCAACUUUUUUAAAGGGACGGGCUGGAUGGAGAAAACACAUUUAUUUUAUGGUUUAUAUCACAAUUUAACCUUCACAGAAUCUGUCACUGAUGCAAGUCGCCAAUUUGACUUUAAUAUCGGAUUGGGAUAUUUAUUGGCUAUAGGCAUUACUUUUCUAAUAAGUUUUAUUUUAAUAGUGAAAAAUUCGGGUAAAAGUGUUAAAGAAGGUGUGAUAGAUGCAGAAGAUUCUAAUACUAUGUAUUGUAAUAAAGUAUUCAGUGCUUGGGAUUUCUGUAUCUUUAAUGAAAAAGCUGCCAGUAUCAAACAUGCUAAUGUUUGUUAUGAGUUUAAGGCUGAUCUGGAGGAACAAAGAUUGAGAUUACGUCAGGCUGACAGGUCUGCGAGAGAAAAAUGUCGUCUGUACACUAUUCGAUUUUUUAUCAAUAUUUUUGUGGUAGUUGUUCUGGGUGCCUGUUUAUAUCUGAUAUACUGGACAUCUGAUAAGCUUUUAGAUCUACAAAAACAGAAUUUGGAUGAUGAUGUUUUGAGACUUAUUGUAGAGUUUUUGCCAUCAUUGACUAUCACAUUCCUAAAUGUUGUCAUACCUUUAAUGUUUUCAAAAAUAGUUUUACCUGAAGAUUAUAGUCCAGUGUUUGAACUAAAAAUAACUUUAUUCAGAACAGUAUUAUUACGUCUAGCAUCGUUGGGUGUGUUAGUUUUCUCUCUAUAUUAUCAACUAUUGUCUACAGAUGAAGCUAGAUGUACAGAGUCAUGUUGUGGUAAUCAACAAUGGACAUUAACAGAUUCCGAUGGCAGUAUUAAGUGUUGGGAAACUUACAUUGGGCAACAGUUUUAUAAACUGGCUUUGUUGGACUUCGCAGUAGUUUUAAUUGUCACCUUUUUAUAUGAAUUUCCAAGAACAUUAAUCUAUACAAAAUACAAAGAUAAAAAAAUUAUAGAACUUAUUGGAGAACAAGAGUUUGAUCUACCUAAAAAUGUUUUAGAUAUUGUAUACUCCCAAACUUUAUGUUGGUUAGGAAUGUUCUUCUGUCCAUUAAUCCCGCUGAUAACGAUGUUAAAAUGUUUCAUUGUAUUUUAUGUUAAAAAGUUGUCUCUUAUUAAAAACUGUGUUCCUACAAAACGGCCGUAUAAAGCAUCAAGAUCCAAUUCCUUCUUUAUGACAGUAUUAUUAAUAUCAUUCAUAUUGGCUGCUGUGCCAUUAGGAUAUAUGUUAGGAAAUAUUCCACCGUCACAGAGCUGUGGUCCAUUCCGUGUAUAUAGUAAACGUUCAGACUAUUAUAUGUUUGAUGUUAUUAGAGAUGAAAUAGCAACAUGGCCACCCAUAGCAGAAACCAUAUUUUCUUUUAUGGGGACUGUAGGCUUUUUUAUACCUGCAAUGAUUCUUUUAUGUCUUGUCAUGUAUGGAUAUUGGGCAGCAGCACAAGGCUACCAGAAAAAACAAGAGUUAUUAAAAGAUCAGUUAAAACUGGAAGGUAAAGAUCGACAGUAUCUCCUUGCUAGAGUUAAUGAUGUCAUCAAAAAGGGUGGUUUAUCAAGACAAAAUACCAGUCGCAAUCUAUAGAGAAUAAAUGAAUAUUGCAACUAUUUUUAUCUGUGAUAUAUUGGACUUGAUCAUAAUACCAAUACAAUUCUUCAAAAUAUUGCUUAAUUGUUCUUCCAAAAGAAUUACAUUGGCAUGCACAUUUCAGUUAUUUUCAAAAAUAAUUUUCCUUUUAUACUGAUUUUCUAUUUGAUAAGUGCAAUUUAGUGUUUCACCUUGUAAUACAGUUCAGACGCAUGAUUUUCAUCAGAUAUUUAUGUGCCUUAAAAACAAUUUUGUCUUAUUUAAUUUUGGUACAAAUUCUGUUAUGUAAUUAUAUCAGUUAAGUACUGAUAUAUUAUUUAUUUUUAUAUAAAUCUUAAUAUAUUUCUCAGGUCUAAUAAUGGGCAGUGCUUUGAUUAUCCGCCUUGAUAGUGUGGAAUUCUUCACAUUAUAAUUGCCAUUAUUAUUAAUAUUAUUGUUGAAUUUUAUAAUGAGUUUAAAAAAGUCUUUCCUAUAAUGUAUGAUUUAACAACACAAGUGCACAAUAUUAUAAUGUAUAUAAAAAAUAUUACAACUAUGAGGAAUUAAAAUUUAUAAAUUAAUUAUAUGCAUGUACCAAUAUCUUCCAUGUUUAUCUAAUCUAUUUAAAUUAGAUUACAACUUUGUUUGGUUUAUUUUUUCUGAUUAUUAUAAUUCAUUGUAACCUAAAAUACUUUCUACCACAACAGUGUUCUUGUAGUGUCAGUUUUUCCAACCAUGCUACAACCCCUAAACCAUCAUGCUUAUGUUAAGAAAUUACAAUAUGUCACAAAGAAACGAUGCCCUGUACAAACAAUUUGAUUUGUCAGUAUGCUCACAUGAUGUGUUAAUGUAGUACAACAUAUACUAUAGUAUCUACUAUUUCCCAUACUUAAGUGAAGUACUGUGCAGACAAUUUGAUUUGUCAGGAAGCUCACAUAAUCUUAAAAACCUUUACAAAGAAAAUAUGUCAGAUUUUAAUGUAUAUUACAAUAUAACAAAAUGUUGACAUCUUAUUUAAAUCAGAUGUUGUUUAUAAUAAUUAUAGCUUUAGUUUCACUAUAAUUGACAAAUUAUUUUUAAUAUCGUAUAAUAAUUACAUUUUUUUACUAUUUUAUAUCUUACUAUUUGCAUCUAGAUAUUAACAAUUAAAAUGUACAUAGAUAUUAUUAAAGAUACAUUAUGUAAGAUUUAGAUAAAGAACUGGAUGUUCUUGCUAUAAUAGUUUAAAAUUUCAUUCAGAUUAUUUUAUUCUGAACCAUGUUAUCAAUGUUUGCAUUGAUUAGUUAUAAUCUUAACAAAGGUGCUGGUUAGCCUCGCUUCUCCAGUUUUAAAUUAAAUCAUUAAAUGGCCAAACUGUUCUAAUGUACUUAAAAUCGGAGCCAUCCGAUGGCAUAGAGGGUUGAUUAUUGUGUUGUCAUGUUAAUAACUAACCAUUUCUAUAACAUUUAAGGCCUAAAGAAAGCCCUGCAAUAGGCAGAUUUAGCUCUUGAAUAAUGCCUCUUUAACAAUAAUGUACAUGAAUUUUGAAAUUCUUUCAUGAGGUACAUAUAAUGAAUGUGUUCAAAUGAAACACUGGAUCUUUAUCAUACAAGAGCUUCAUGUAAUGUAAAUAUUCAAGUUUAAUCAUUCAUGGCGAAAUAAUCAUAAUGUUGUUGAAUUUUAAAAUAAUGAAUUAUCAGUAGAAGUUUAGCUUUAUUAUACGAAUAAACUUCACAUUUAAUUAA